AUGGCUGCAGGGGAUCUACCAGAAACAGAUACUCCUUUGUUUUUGGCAACUAAGUCAGGCUGUGUAGACAUUGCUGAAGAAAUACUGAAACGUUACCCCCAAGCAGUUGAGCAUAUUGAUGACAAAGGGCGGAACAUAUUGCAUAUAGCUAUAAAGUUUCGUCGGUUGAGUAUUUUUGACCUUGUAACGAAAGGAGAAGUGCCCGUGAAUAGACUGGUACGAAAAGUCAACAACGAAGGAAAUGCCAUACUUCAUGUCGUUGGAAUGAAAUUAAAAGAUUAUAUGCCUGAGAAAUUGCGAGGCCCUGCACUUGAUUUGCGAGAUGAAAUGCUAUGGUUUGAGGUACCGUGGAAGUUGAUCACCCCACCCCAUUUCCUUGAACAUCGUAACGAUAUGAAGCUGACCGCUGAGCAAUUUUUUUGUAAAGAAAAUAAUGAACUCCGAACAUCAGCAACAGAAUGGCUAAAGCGGACCUCAGAAGGAUGCACCGUUGUCGCAGUACUCAUUGCUACCGUUGCCUUUGCAGCAGCCUACACAGUACCUGGAGGCCCAAAUAGUCAGACAGGAGCUCCAGUCCUCGUCAAUAAACCUUUCUUUGUGGUUUUUACUGUGACAGAUGUGUUGUCCCUUUCAUUUGCUUUGACAUCGGUGGUAAUAUUUCUCUCCAUCGUCUCAUCACCAUUCCGUUAA